CUGAACGAAAGCAGUUGUGACACGAGUGCAUAGAAAAAUGCUUCUAAAAUAUUUUUUGAGUUUUUUAUUUUUAUUCAAACACGUAAUCGGCCAGGACGAAUUGGUGACUGAAUCCGUAUUGAAUUUGAAACAAGUGUGCGAUUAUUGUACGUGCAGUGAGAUAUCGGAUAUAGAGAGUUCGCAUUUAGUGUUGAACAUAUUGUGUUCGGAGUUUGACAGGACCGCGGAACUGUCCGAUCUGGACAAAAUCGCUUGGCCUCCAAAUCCGAACGGACUGAAGAUAUCCGCUUCGUUUGAAGGGAUCGGACUCAGUACACUUGGCAAAUUACCGCCAAAUUCGCAAGUGGAAACAUUAAAAUUUAUCAACAAUGGCAUCAAGACGUACUGGCCAGAUCCAUUUAGCGACACGCCAACCCUCAAGCGACUAUCGUUAUCGCAAAACGACCUAGUAGAGGUCACGCCCGAUCUAUUCACGAACAUCGACUACCUGGAAGAACUGGAUUUGUCUUACAACAAAUUACAGAAUUUCAAUCCUUUCGAUUUUAAGCAUCUCAAGCAUUUAAAGCGAUUGAAUUUGCAAAGUAAUCAGAUAAAGAAAAUACCGGUUGAAGCGCUGCAGCCGUUGGUGGCGCUUGAAGAUUUAGAUUUGAGCAAAAAUGGAAUUUACGAUUUGAUACUGCCGAAAGAUACAAAUGCGCUUUCUGGAUUGAAGAGGCUUUCUUUGAGCGGAAAUAGAAUUCGAUCAAUAGUGAAGAGUUCUUUUCCUGUCGAUAAUAAUAUAGAACUUCUGGACUUAUCGAACAAUAUAAUAGAAAUAGUUGAAGAGGACUCUUUUCUAUCGUUUUCCAACUUAAGAGAACUUAAUCUUGGUCAGAACAACAUUACCCUAGUGUUUUCAUUGCCAGUAACACUGCAGAUUGCCAUACUAAAGAUAAAUACGUUGUACCAUUGGCCGAAAUUUCCUGUUGGUAUCAAAUAUAUUGAUUUGUCGUACAAUAGACUGUCGGAAGUGUAUGAUGAGAGCGUUGUUAAUUUCGAAAGUUUAGAGGUUCUAAACAUCGGCGGUAAUCAAAUCAAAGAAAUGAAUAUAGAAAAGAAGUUACCGAAUUUAUACACGUUAGACCUAUCAUACAAUCUAAUAGCGGAAAUACCAAAGACGCUGAAUGCGCAGUUUUUCCCUAAUUUAGACGAAUUACGUUUAGAUGGCAACCCGAUCGAGACGGUUUAUUUUAAAAAUAUAUUGGCUUUAAAACGUUUGUAUAUGAAUGAGUUGAAUAAAUUGGUUGUGGUUGAUGAGAAAGCUUUUAGUAAUGUGGUGGGUCGAGGGAUGGACGAAGGGGGAGAGGAACUGAACUGUUUCUCAUUGUACUUGUCUAAUUGUCCUGCUUUGACCGAGAUAAAGGAGGGCGCAUUUGACGGGACUUCUUUGUGCACGCUGGACAUAAGCAAGAACAACUUGAGCCAUUUAUCCAAGAAUCUCUUAGACUGGAGCAUUGCGACGGAAGGCAUUAAUCUACAACACAAUCCCUGGCACUGCUCCUGCGACAUGCAAUGGGUGGUGGAUGAUAUCCUUCCGCAACUGUACUAUACCAAUAACUCCAGACUCAUGGACGACUUGAGGUGCGGUUCUCCCCGAGGAUACGAAGGUCUCCGACUAGUGCACUGGUACAACUGGACAGCGCAAGCGAUGUGCAGCGACGUGCUAGACUUGGAACGAUCCGGAGCUCACGGCAAUUUCAUGAUGGAGCCCUCGUCGGAAAGUCCUAGAGUUAGCCCCCUGACUUUAAUCUUAGCGGCAUGCAUUAUUGUAUCUCUCCUCGUUGCUAUAGCUCUGACAGUAUACCUCGUGAAGACAAGAAAGAAGUACAGAAUACGACAAGCAGCGAUGAAAAGGAAAAGACAAAGCGACCUAGAUUUAAGACAUUCGAAUGGAGUGCAAAAAGAACAGUUCUCAGCGCUGAACAAAGUUUAGUAGUUGACGGAAGAUGACAGGAAAACAUUAAAGUUUGCAUCUUUCAAGUUUACGUGCUGGUCACCCACUAGUCAAGUGACCAAGUCACCAUAAAUUUACCAUUUAGCUUUGGAAUGAAUGCGUUAAAACUUUUUUAAUUCGCUGAUAAAAUAAUUUGUUGAUGUAAUUUUUGUAAUUACGUAAAAUAUCCUAUCAUACUUUAA